AUGGCAGAGUUGUUGUUCUGACAGAUCUCCUCUUUGGGUCAGCAGUGAACCACACGUGCGAAGAAGGGCACGAACUAGUUGGACAGUCUCAGAGGCGAUGUGAGAUUUUUGGAAUGCUUGUCGCCUGGAGUGGUGCUCCUCCUAUUUGCCAGAAGGUGGUAUGCCCAGUCCCAGAGAUCCAGAACGGGAGAAUAUCCAUUCGUAAAAGUCGCUACACAUAUGAAGAUACUGUUAGCUUUAGGUGCCAUGAAGGCUUCACCCUGCAAGGCCAUCAUACAGUUCAAUGCAGAGCUGAUAAAACAUGGGACCCACCUGUGCCAGUUUGUGAACAGGGUGGAAUGGCAAAAUUCUAUCAUCGUCCUACUGAUACCACAACAAAGCCAGAGGUGAAGUGUCUGCCUCCCCCAAGCAUUACUAAUGGGGAACACAGCAGGCAUUCCUCAGACACUUUUGACAUAGGAGCACUUGUGCACUACAGCUGCAAGCCUGGCUUCUUCCUUAUCGGGAAUGAGUCUAUCCGCUGUACAACAUACGGAGUCUGGAGCCGUCCCCUUCCUCGGUGUGAAGUUGGCUGUGCGAGCCCAGGAGUUGGGAAUGGAAAAGCAAUCAGACUGGAGUCUUUCUAUAGACCUGGAGACAUCGUUAGGAUUGAAUGCAACAGUGACAAUGUCCCUAAAGGCCUCCACGAGUCCCAGUGCCAGGCUGGAGGUACCUGGGAUCCACCACUCCCCAUCUGUGAAAGAGCGCUGCAUUGCUCCAAGCCUCUGGAGAUCGCCAAUGGGUGGCACAGUGGCCUGGCAGUAGCAGUUUUUGCUCCUGGAAUGUCUGUAAACUACAGCUGUGAGUCUGGCUUCUCUCUCAUUGGGACAGCAUCCAUUUAUUGCACAGAGGCUGGAGCCUGGAGCCAUCCCUCUCCAGUCUGUCAAGUUGUGAAGUGCCUCCAUCCUCCGAACAUCACCAAUGGGAAGCUCGUAGGCCAUAUUUCUGACACUUUUCCCUUUGGAGCAUCUGUGUCCUACAGCUGUAAUCCUGGUUAUUCACUCACUGGGAACGCUUUCAUUAACUGCACGGUGUCUGGAACUUGGGGCCAGCCUCUUCCUCAGUGCGAAGAGAUCAGAUGUGUAUUCCCAGAAGUUCUAGGUGUUAAGAAAACCAUGAGGGGAAAUACAUAUCGACCAGGGACUAACAUUACUCUUGAAUGUGAUGAUGGUUACAUGUUGGAAGGCAUCAGUCAGAUUCAGUGUCAAGAGGACUUCAGCUGGGACCCUCCUGUGCCAGCAUGUAGACUAGCUUCACACAAGUCUAGGUCAGUAGGCCUCGGAGUUACAGCUGCAGUAGUCCUGAUUCUCCUGGGUGCGGGCAUUGUCUGGAAAAUUAUUUCAAAGCAGAAGGAAGGCUAUUAUCAUACUUAUGAAAACUAUGGGUACCGGCAGGAGACCUUUGGUUUCACUAGUCCAGUAUUUGACUCGUUCUCCAUGCGAAAGAAACUGGCUGCAGAUUACACGAAGCUUUGGCAGGAAUACAUAACCCAAGGGUGUUUCUAUGACUGGUACGUGCAAGUGAACAAUGGCUAUAAAAACGACAGCUCUUGUCACAAGCGGUCUUGUGUAAGCCAGUACAAGGAAGCUACUCCUAAAGGGACAGGCACAUGUGAACCUCCAGAAAGACUUUAUUAUGCAGAGCUCAAAGACGACUUCAAGGCAACGAAGAGCUUUCCUGUGGGAGCCAAUGUGUCGUAUGACUGCCGUCCAGGGUACAUGAGUAUCCCUGGAAUGUCAUCAACUCUUGUUUGUGGGUCAGACUCACGGUGGUCACAAACAGAGCAGUUCUGUACAGAGAGAAAAUGUAGACAUCCAGGAGACUUAGAACAUGGUUCUGUUCAUGUGGAAGAUCUUGAUCUUAAAUUUGGUUCAAGGAUUACUUUUUCUUGUCAAGAGGGAUUCAGAUUGCAUGGAACUAAUGAAGUUACCUGUGUAAUUGAAGGUAAAGGUGUUGGCUGGAGUGAAGGUCUUCCUUUCUGUGAACAAAUUCCUUGUGAGCCACCUCCAAAAAUAGCCAAUGGGAGAUACAGUGAAGUGGACAGCUAUGUUUAUCAAACAACAGUGAUCUAUAAGUGUGAUGAUGUACCAAAAGGCAUGGAUCGCUUCUCACUAAUUGGCGCGGAUUCUAUUUUCUGCACAUAUGAUGCAGACCAAAAUGGAAUUUGGAGUGGACCACCUCCACAAUGUAGAGUGGUCAAAUGUGAUAACCCAGAAGUUCAAAAUGGAAAAAAACUAGCUGGAUUUGGGCCUUCCUAUAGCUAUCGGGAUUCAGUUACGUUUGAGUGUAAUCCAGGCUAUUUCAUGGUUGGAAAUGAAACAGUUACCUGUCGCGAAGAUAGCACCUGGCAUCCCCCAAAACCAGCCUGUAAAAAAAUUACUGAAGAUGUAUGUGGUGCACCAAAGAUCAGAAAUGGAAAAAUAAUUCCACUGAAAUCUGACUAUGCAAAAGGAGAAUCUGUUCAGGUAAAAUGCAGUGCUCACUGCGCUUUUCCUGAUGGUGCUGGAGAGAUGACGAUAACAUGUGAAGGACGUGAUACGUGGAGUUCAUUGCAAAACUGUGAGCUUAUAGUUUUUGGUUCCACUCUGGACAUUAGUCAUGGUAGAGUAAUUGCUGGAUUAAAAUCGUCAUAUUCUGUAGGGGAUAGUAUUACAAUUGAAUGUUAUGCAGGCUACACAUUACAUGGUGAAGCUAAAAUUCAGUAUGUUGGAGCAAACAGAUGGAUGCCUGAAGUACCAACUUGCCAGUUAAGUGCAUAUAUUAUCGUCAUCAUCUGUGCAAUUGUGGCAAUUCUGGUGUUGCUGGCAGCCUUCUGGAUCUAUAAGCUAUUGUUUUCACCAAAAGGUGUGUGUCCACAUCAGCUCAACUCCAUAGAGCAGAGACAACAACCAACAGCAAAAUCGGACUGCGUCACAGAUGUAACACGACCAUCGGCAAAACAAGUGCAGUAAGAUAUCAUGGCUGCCUCGUCAUUCAGAGCGCCUUCCUUAGCUAUCAGAGAAGAAUAAUACGGGACCACCAUUGUUGCUGCUAUUCCUGUUGUUCCCCUGCUCUGCGGAACUGGCGCUGCAGGAGGCAAGGAUGCUCCAAGGGAGCCAGCUACCGCCAGCGAAGGCUCAACUGCCGUUCGAAGGACAGGCUACUGCUAAGAGAAGGAGACCGAGAGCUCAGUAUGUUGGAGUUGGUUCUAAACCCAGCUGUUAUUGCUAAACAACCAUACCUGACUCUUGAGAUGUCAGUGAGUAAGUCAUAUAAACACUUGGGCCACCCUUUCCCUAAAGUUUUUAAAGCCUUGGUAUGAUGAAAGGCUAAGCAAUAAUGUACCCUGCCGUAUGAGAAAGCAAAGUUACCACUCCACUGCAUAAUCAGGUGACUUCCUCGGCCAGAAGGACCAAGCUCAAAUCUGGUUGCGUCGUCAGAACUUCCAGGCAGAGCUGCCAUCUUCAUUGUUCAUCACUUUAAGAAGAGAGGUGGAAAAAAUAGUAUAGUAAAUGGUUAAGAGGGUAAAAUGUUCUCCUCCUUAUCUUCAUCUCCUCGUCCUCUCUCUGGAUAUGCUGUCUGCCCUCAGUCUCCCAUUCAUCCUUACCUAGUCUUUUCCCAGUCCUCUUUUUACUCCUGCUUUCUAAUGCUAUUAUUUUCUUCUAAACCUUUACAGGGCUGUAGUCAGCUUUCCUUGACGUUACUGAGACUGUGUCAAAUUCACGCGUAUGUAAAUGAAAGCAGAGUUUAGCCUAGAGUCUUUUUCACUUCUUCAGUUAUUCCCGUGACAUAAUUUCCAGAUACAGUCCCUGCCCCAAGCCAUUUACAGUGCUGCUACCGUGUUUACUUUUGGGCUACCAAAGCUUGAAGGUAACAUUUAAUUCCCUUAUAAGGAAGAAAGAAAGAAAGUAAAAAGCCCCAAACUCUAGUACUUUCCUGUUUCACCGUGGUUAGCAGCUCUGACACGUCAUUGCGACAACGGUGCAGCAAAAUGAAACCUUCCUAUCACUGACACAGUGCAAACUUGCAGACCUGUGUAUUCGCCGCCGCGUAUUUGCACAAUACCAUCGGCAUCACAUGCAAAAAGUUCAUUCUGUUUCUUUUUUUUUUGGCUCGUUCUGUCGCUGUGCUGGAGCAAAACGCUGCAAAAGGCAGGGAUGUUCCCGGCCGGCCGCCCUGCGGGAGAGCGGGAGAAGCCCGGCGGGGCACGGAGCCGUCCCAGCACUUCGGAGCGAGUGAGAUCGACAUUCGGAUUUGACACCCGGUCCGUGGCCAAUCCGGGAGGGCUUUUCACCUGCCAGCGCCUUCUCCACCAAUAGCGCGGCGUGCUGAGAGCGAGAGCCCUCCCCAGCCAAUCGGGAGCGGGCUCGGCCACUUAGUUAAUGAUGCAGCAGUACAGGGAAGACUAUCACAUGUGAGCUGGAAGGCUGCCAACAUGGAGACACGGAGAGAGCAAGGUAAACAACUUUCCAACGCCAAAAUGAUGACAUUUAAUCCCUAAAUGCUAGCUUCCCGGCUCGACUCAUCCUUAACCCCUUUCAGCUGGUUUGGAAGCGUCUGGAAGGCACCACGUACCUGUCCCCAGUGCUUUUAAAAACGGGCCGACAUGCCCUGCAAUGAUCACUGCGUCACCGUUUACCACUUUCUGAACUACGCAGUGACAAACCUCCAAGCUCUGAAAUGCAGAGCGUCUGUUAACCCUUCCACCAAAUCCUUGCCAACAUGCUAGCCUUUAGAGAGACAGGAAGGAAUAAAGAGCCAAAACAAAACACGAAAACAGCAGUCUUUGCAAAGUUGUCAUCUCUCCCCCACGGCUACUACCCUCCUCUGCAUUACAGCAAUGCCGGCAAGAGUGACAUUAGUACAACCUGUGCCAUCACUCCAUUGAGAAAACAGCUCUGACGCAGAACAGAGCAAUCAUACCCAGCCAAAAUAAUAAUAAAGGCACUUUGGGAUCUGAACUUAGGGACGAUGGGGGAAGGGGACGCCCAGCAAAUAAUUAAAAAAACGUAAAUGCAGUUCAAGCCCCAUCCUGAUCAAAGGGUACGUACGUGGGAAAGACGAACCGGACCGAAGAGCUCUGUCCGUGCACCAUCUGCGCAGUCUUCAGCCCUCCGCUUGCUGUGGAGCGCCGCAGAAUAGAAGGUUGGCCCAUGCAAUAAAGCAGGCACUGAAAUGGAAACCUGCAGGUGAAAACCUGGCCAUCACUUUGAAAAGCUGCAGUCCUGGAAUUUAUCAUAUGAAGUCUCAGAAACUCCCAGAUGGAAGAGCUAAGAUCCUUUUCAAAGAGAUGGCACCACAUUAACAAGCAAGCUUCUUCAAAGGAGAGCUUAUACCCCAUGUUGAAGUUCAAGGGAGAGCCUCUUCUUGGGCCCAAGGAAUUGGACCUCCAGCACAUGCAGCUCAUGCUUACACUUUUCCACCCUGCCCAUUGGAGAGCACGGCCGGCCGUAAGGGAGCUGCAGUCUUCAAAUAUACCUGACGCAAGUACAGCCUUUCCCUGCCCUGGGGGCACAGGCCUUCCUUUCACAGUCACAGUCUACCUACAGUAAGGGCGAAAAUAGCCAGGACCUACUUGUUCCACACUGACAGAGAAAAUAGCCUCAGAUUCCCCUCUUUCUGGGCAACUGACCUUUUCACAGCCAACUGGAGCGUGGGCCCCAAAACACGAGUCCAACCCAACUGCCAGCCCUGUUGUAAUCUACCAUGGGUGCCCACAGGGGUUAUGUCCCAUGCAAGGGCUCAGUCUAACACCUUUCAUGAAUAUUUGCAAAAGCUAAACAUAACUGGGGCAGCUGGCAGGGAGACAUCUAUGAACGACAAACCAUCUCAAGGCAACCAAGAGACGGUCAUCUCAGGGCUCAGUCCAGUUGUGUUGCACUAACGUCUAAUCAUACUUCAAUAAUAUUAAAGUUUCUUUAGAAAUAUGUUUAAAAGAUUAACCACAUGACCAGUAGAUAUUUAAAUAUAGGAUUAGUAAACGGCCAGGUGCGCAGCUGACUGUUCGUAUGAAUCUUUAACAUCUUUUCCUGGUGCUAUUUAGGAAAAAUCACAAUGAUACCAUUACGUGCUUUCAAUCAAUAUAGCUUUUAAGAGCUGAUUCCCUGUUUGUGCUGCUUGUGGUACAACACAUUUCUAAUCCAUGACUAGGCUUCCAGACUACACAGUAAAAUGAAUAAUAAUGAUAGUAAAAGGUGUGUAGCUUUUUUUAUGCAGACAGCCUUUAUAUUACUUUAGUGCUGGAUUUUCCAGCUGGAUUCCUAUUGUACAUGGAAAAUAAAGACAGUUAUUUUGUAAAAAAAAAAAAAAAACCUAGCCAGCCAAAAAUUAAAAAAAAACUUCCUAACGAACUCAUGCUUUUAUAGAAAAUUUUCAUAUCAUUCCUGGGUACAACUGCAGAAUGAGUCAAGCUAGAUAGAUAUCUUUAAACAACAUCUCGGCUGGAACAUGGACAGGGCACCAGACAGCUUGCUAAAAAUAGAUUAAUCCUAAUUACAGCCACACUUCUACUUUUUCAAGGUUUCCUAUUUCACAUGCCUAGACAAAGGCUAUGAAUGGAUGGGGGGGAUUAGUGCCCAUUGUGGCAGGAGAAGGGGCAGGGGGCUCAACACACUGGGUGUUAUUGCGUAAUUCUAGGAACAUGCAGUCCUUUGGCUAAAGUAACACGAGUGACAGCACCGUCCUCUGCCUCGCUGGCCUUCAGGCUGCCACGGCUCUGAGCUGAUUGGACACAAGCAUAAUUCAGUGACCUGCCUCGGAAAUCUAGCUUUCCCAACUUAACAAAACAAGAAGAACCAACCAAACUAAACCACUAGAAAACAAAAGUUUCAGAUAACGUGUGAUUUUUCUAGUUAAACAUGUAAAAAAUAACAACUUUGUUAUAGACUUUCUGAACUGCCUAAAACACUUGGAGAAUUAUGGUCCUGUGACAGAAUUACAUGGAAUGAUUAAAAACCCUAAGGAAAGGUCCCAUGCUGAAAUACACUUCAUAGGACUCUGAAGGGAUUUCCAUAACUCUCUAUUCAUUUUAUUUCCUCCUGGAUAAUAUUCAUAUAUAGAGCUGACUUACUAUCACCUACGCAGAAUUACAAGCUGUUCAAAAUGAAAUACACUUAUUUAAGCCUCUGCUUUCCAAACUACAGUAGUUUAUUCUUCUGGCAAAGCCUAUGAAACUAAUGAAAACAACUUUUUUCCCACUGUAAAAGAUGUAUAUUAAUUGUCAAUCUAAAUAUUUAACCAGAAAAUGUAUUGCUUCAUCUACAAUGGCUUUGUGUUGUUUUAUCAGAAACCAGGGCAUAAUGUUAUUUUCCUUUUGUUGUUUAUAUAGCAGUAAUCAAUAGAUAAACAUUAGGGCCCCCUUUGCUAGAGACCUGUCUCAAUAUGCACACAUAACUGCUGCUAUAAAAAGAUAACCAGCAAUUAAAAGAUCUUUUAGACCAGUAAACCAAACGAAAACUUCAUCAAACACUCUGUCACUACCUUGGAUUUAUGUAUCCAAGGAACAAAUCUUCCGCAACUACAGGGGAAAUGUCAAGAAUUUAAUUUAAAGUGUCCAUCUGAACCUGUUGAAUGUUUUGG